UCGCUAGGUUUGCCGAACCAACUACCCAACCGGGAACCCAUAAAGAGAACAAAGCCUUCCUUCUUCUUCUAGAAAUCUCUUUUUCAAAUUCAAUUUCUCAAAAACAAAAAACAAAAAACAAAAAUGGUGAUUAAUUCGUCAAGAACCAAAUCAAGCGGACCGGUGCUACGCUCAGUAUCACCGUCCGGUCGUUUCUACGGCGGCGUAUCGUCUCCUUCCUCAUCAGGCUUCGCUUCCUCCACAAGCUCCAGCUUCUCCUCCACAUCCUUUUUCAGCAACAGCCGUCAACAACAGCCCCACCACAGAUCCGCGUCUCCUACGCGCGUGAACCUCUUCUCAUCAACGCCGUUAAACCAGUCGUUCCGUUACUCAAUCGAUAACAGAUCCGUAUCCCCGAACCAAUCCGUCGCCGUUUCGAAGAAGCCGAGCAGCAACAAGAUGAUCGCCGAUUCGAGUAGGAGGAGGACGUGUAUGUGUUCGCCGACGACUCACCCCGGAUCGUUCCGGUGCGGUCUCCACAAGAACGUGGCGAAUCCGCACGGCCAGGGCGCCGCGACGUCGUAUUCGUCGAAUAACGGAUUGAAUAUGCGGAGGUCGGCGAUGACGAACUCGCUGGUGAGGAUCGGUGGCGUCGAAGGGGAGUGGGUGAGAAGAGCGUUGACGACGCUGAUAAGGCCUUCGUCGCAUCAGCUCAAGAGGCGAUCUGCUUAUCAGCCCAGGCCUAGCAGGCUAUCGUCUAUGUCCAAAGCGGAAGAAGGUGUCUGAUUUGUUUUUUUUUCAGGUUUGUUCUUGUGUCUGAAUCAGCCAACAGAAAAAUCUGUAUUUCCGGAUAGAUCCGGCAGAAGAAGUCCAGAUCCGAAGCGAGCUGGAUCUGCGCGGACGGGUCGAGUCAAAUUGGACCGAAUUAUGUAAACCGGAGAUUGAAAACGACACCGUCUUAAAAGACUUUGUUAUGUUGGGUGAAGAUGAGAUUGUACCCUAGGACUGAUAUGAUAUCGAAGCAGAUAAUGUUUCCCUAAGCAGAAAAUAUCUUAGAACAAAUAUAAAGAAAAAAAAAUCGAACAGCAGUGUUGAAUUGCGUAAUUAAAACUGGAUAUGAUGAACAAGGGACUUGGUUAAUAUUCUGGAUUUGAGUUUUGCAUAGUUUGCCUUCACCGUUAUCUGUUCCGUCAACGUUCUCCACUGCCGUAGACCCGUUCUGUUUGCCGUUAACCGUCGUCGUGUGGCUCGUUACGUGUUCCGUUACAAUUUUCCAGGUAUGCGUUGUUCGUCGUGUGUGACUUGUGAGGUAUGUCUUAUUUUUAAUUGGUUAAGUCCGUUUUUUAUUCCUUGUGAACGUUUGUUCUGUUUCUUUUUUUUUUUGUGUUAACGUGUUUUUCAGGUUUCGUACGAAGGGGGGGAGAAAGAACGUGACUUAGGACAACCGUUACGUUCAACUAUGGUUUUUGUGGACUUUGAACAUGGGAGAAACUGGACUGUAAGAAAAAAUUCAACAUUUUGACCUUGUACUUUAUGUGGGACAAGAAGAAGCUUGGACAUAAAUGACUUUAGAGUCUAAAAGAACUAAGACAAAAUAAAUAUCGAAUUUUGUAAAUACCUAAGAUUUUCGAAAGGAGAUUCUUCAAACCA